AUGGAACCAAACUAUCAAUAGCAGGCUAAUGGCAACAACUCUAAGCUAGGUAAUGGAGCAGGUGGGCCGCCUAAAUAAUUCACAAUCAAUGACCUCCCAGUUAUUAUAAGAAUUUCAAGAGAAUAAGCAGUCCUUGGAAACUAUAGAGAAUCACUUAACAAUUACAAAAAAGCAGUUUAAGUCAUUAAGAAUCAUAACACGAAUAUAAUGGAUGCAUUCGUCAAAGAAAGGUGGACAUAAUUUACCAAUGAUAUCUUAAAGGAGCAUAAGACCAUUGUUGAGAUGCACCAAUCUAUGCAGAAAUUCAAAGUAUUCAAUCUAUUCAUCUCAAUACUCAUAUAGGAUACCCCACUAUUAGAUGACUCUUUGUACAGUCUAGAGUUUAAAAAGUAAAAUUAGUCCAAAGCCCCUCUAGACAGCGAUAGACAGAUCAAAUCUCAUAAGGCAGGUUCAAAUUUAAGUAAUAAUGGCAACUUCAAUUAAGGACUGUAAAACAACCUCAUCAACAGGCAGAAGAGUCCACUUAUCAAUAACUUUCACCAAGGGUCAACACCCACUGCAUAAAGCAAUAAUCAAGGACCAAAUAAUAUUGUACUGCAAGGGCAGGGUUACAAUAGAUAGAACUCAGUUCCUCAGUCGUUGUAGCAAUAGAGACCUCAUGCUAAUAAUGGUCAAGGACAUAAUGAGCAUGUUCCAGUGCAGAUCGUGGCACCCGAUUAGAAUUUACAGAUUAAACCUUAAAAGUAAAACUAGGUUCCUUAGAUUGACAGAUUUGGAGGACUAGCACCCUUCCAGCAUCAUCAUCUGAGCUAGGAUGACAUUGAUAACCUCAAUAAUAUGAACUAAGAUAAUAACAAUAACAAUUAGGAUUAUCCCCCAUAGUACCAAGGUGAUCCAUUUACAGGGCAGUAUGUUAACCAUUAAAUUUACGUCAAAAAGCCUAAGUAAAACUAGGUUGAGAAAAAAGACCCAGAUGUCUGGGACCCACCAACACCCUCUAACAACUAGAGAAAGGUUGCAGGUAAUAAGUGGAAUGCCAAGAAGAAACUGAAUAUGCAGAAACCUGCAGGGAACGGCAUGGGUGGUGGAAUGCCAAACUACGGAGCAGGCAUGGCACCCAAUAUUAAGAAUAUUGGGCCUCAGGUUUAAAAGAUGAAUAAUUAGGGAGGUAAAGGAGCCUAGAGUAAGGACGCCAAAGGUCGUAACUAUGAUAAGCCCUGGUUGGCACCCGAAAAGAAGGAACCCUAGACAUUCUUAGAGUUCUGCUAUCCUGAUGGUGUAGGUCCUGAUGCAGAUCUAAUUCAGAUGUUGGAGAGAGAUGUGCUUGAUAAGAAUCCCUAGGUACAGUUUGAUGAUAUAGCAGAGUUAGAUGAGACUAAAAACUUACUUCAAGAAGCAGUGCUCCUACCUAUAUUGAUGCCUCAGUUCUUUAAGGGCAUCAGAAGACCUUGGAAAGGUAUACUCAUGUUUGGACCUCCUGGUACUGGUAAGACUAUGCUUGCCAAAGCUGUAGCCACUUAGGGAAAGACAACAUUCUUUAAUGUGUCAGCAAGUAGUUUGGCUUCAAAGUGGAAGGGUGAAGCAGAGAAAUUAGUAAGAAUCUUAUUUGAGAUGGCUAGAUUCUACGGGCCAAGUACAAUCUUCUUCGACGAGGUAGACGCCUUAGCUGGUUCAAGAGGAGGUGGAGAGCAUGAAUCAAGCAGAAGAGUCAAGGCUGAGUUGCUUAUUCAAAUGGAUGGAGUGUCCACAGCUAGUUCAGCUUCAGCCAAUGAGGCUUAGGAUGACACUGAAGCUAAAAAGAAUGUGAUGGUACUGGCUGCUACUAACAGACCUUGGGACUUGGACGAGGCCAUCAGAAGAAGACUUGAAAAGAGAAUAUAUAUCCCACUACCAACAGAAAAAGGCAGAGAAGAGCUAUUCAAGAUCAACCUAAAGAACAUUGAGCUAGACGCAGACAUUGACUGGAAUAAGCUGGUGGAGAUUACUGAUGGCUACAGUGGAGCAGAUAUCUCUAACGUGUGUCGUGAUGCAGCCAUGAUGCCCAUGCGUAGAAAACUUUAAUCAGCUUCCUUCAGCAUAGCCAACAUCUAGAAAAUACAGAGUGAGAUCGAUAUCCCACUGACUAUGGUGGACUUCAUGGAAGCUAUCAAGAACAUUUAAAAGUCAGUGUCUAAGGAUCAACUCAAAGACUACUCGGAGUGGAUGAAGAUGUUUGGGUCUGUGUGA